GAAAAAAAAAAUAUGGCAAAUUUUGAAAAAGAGGACGUUUUUAAUAAUGUUUUGAAAGGAGAAGCAACAAAAGUAGCUUAGGCAAUACUUGAUUAAGAAAUAAAAAAUUAUAAAUAUGAUAAUAGUGAUGAGGCACAGAAAAAAAGUAAUAUAAUAUGUGAUGCUAUUCUCACGAAAUUGAAAGACUUAAAUAAUAAACAUUUUAAAUUUGUUGUUAGCUGUCUUAUACUUUAAAAGGCUGAUUGUGGAGUCAAUCUUUCAGCUUCAUGUUAUUGGGAUAAUAAUACAGAUGGAUCUGUAGCAGUAAAAUAAGAAAGUGAAAAUUCUCUUGGCAUAGUUAAUAUAUUUGCUUGCGGAAUUUGAAAAGUGCAUUUAUCAUUAAU